AUGGCUCCAUCUGCAUCAAUUCUCAAGGAGGCUCUCUCUCUCAUAGAGACCGACACCUCCAAGAUCCUUGGCCUGACUGUUGGAACUCAUGAAAACAUCCAACCAGGUCAAUUUAUCCCUCGAGAUGAGGCUCAACCAGCACCUGAGAUGUCAUUUGCAGGAGCUUCUCCCGAAAAGACAUACCUGGUCAUCAGUCUUGAUACAGACGCUCCAUUCCCUUCCUGGACUAUCCUUGGUCCUAUUAUCCACUGGGUUCAGCCCGGCGUGAAGGUUUCUGGUGAGACUCUCGAUAUCACCACCCCGGCUUUUGCUAGCUAUAUUGGCCCGGCUCCACCACCUGGUAGCGCUCCGCAUCGCUAUACCUUCUUUCUCUUUGAGGAGCCUGCUGGAUUUGAGAAGUUUGCUCCUGCCGAGGGCCCGAAUCUGAAUACGUGGGCUCGCGUGCGUCAUGACUUUGACACAUGGUCGAAGGAGGUCAACUUAGGUCCUCUUUUGGCUUUCAAUUAUUUCAACAGUAAUUAA